UAAUUUAUUGAUAAGUUUGCAGAAAAUGUCUGAAAUAAAUAUAGAAGCAAUUUAUUUUAUUGAAAAAAAUUCCAAAGAAGUGUAUUGUAAUGGAAUUCAAAUACUGUUACGGCUUUUGAAUAACAUUAUAAAUGAACCUGAUAAUUCAAAAUAUAGGAAAUUUAAACUGAACAACAAAAUUAUUGAACAAAAAUUGCUUCCUGUAGAUGGUAUGAAAGAAUUAUUACUAUCAAUUGGAUUUGAAUUAAGUAAUAAUGAAUUUACUUUACCACCUAAUGUUUUAAUAAAAAAAAUUAGAAAAUACAAAGAUUUUAUAGAAGAAAGGUUAAAGGCAAUAUUAUCUGGGGAAACCAAGAAAACAGCUGAAGCUACGUCAUUUUCUCAUUUGGAAGAAGCAACUAUUGAGAAAAAAGAAAUCACUAAAACUGAAAAAACAAUUUUGACAAUUCAACCCACCAAAUCUUAUUUAGAACGCAUAUCUUUUCCUUUAGUGUUGCGUACAACAAAUCGUUUUUUAAAAAAUAUUGAAGGAAGUUCCGAUCAUGUCAUGCAAUAUGAAGAUGAAAACUUGUUGAAUAUUGGAAGGCAUAUAAUUCCAUUGGAUAUUCUUACAAAUAAAUCUAUCAAGAACAUGCGUGAAAUUCAGAAGGCAAUACGAUCAGGAAAGUAUAAGGAACCUGAACCUUGUUUAAGGGAUUUGCUCUUAGCUGAACUUGCUAAUUGGUUUCAUGAUGAAUUUUUUGAAUGGGUUAACAAUGUACGAUGUAAAAAAUGUGAUAAUGAGAUUCAUAAUUAUAAAAUAGUAGUCGAAAAUGGAAUACAGGUCGAAAUGGGAUGGUGUUGCAAUGUUGAAUCACGAUUUUACCGUUAUAAUGAUAUUACAGAUUUACUUCGAACAAGACAGGGUCGAUGUGGAGAAUAUGCGAAUUGUUUUACAUUUUUUUGUAGAUGUUUAAAUUAUGAUACACGUCAUGUUGUCGCAACAUUUGAUCAUGUAUGGACAGAGGUAUAUUCGUUUGCUCAAAAACGUUGGAUUCAUAUUGAUCCUUCUGAUAACGUUUUGGAUGCGCCACUAAUGUAUCAGCAUGGUUGGAAAAGGAAAAUCGAUUAUGUGCUUGCGUAUUCAAGAGAUGAUAUACAAGACGUUACAUGGCGAUACACCAACAAUCACAAAGAUAUUUUAAAAUUAAGAAGAAAUUGUAGAGAAGAUGAGCUUUUAGAAGCAAUAAUGUUGCUUCGUAAAAAACGUCAAAUAAAUUUAUCUGAUGCUAGAAUUAAAUUUUUAAAUAAAAGAUAUUUAAAUGAACUUGUUGAAUUGACAAAGCAGAGAGAGCCCACGGAAAAUGAAAGAAAGGGUCGAAGUUCAGGUAGUUUAUCUUGGCGACAAGAAAGAGGUGAACAACAUUUAAAUAAUUUUUACAUAUUUACGCUGUUACCUUUAGAAGUUGAGCAUAAAAACUUUAAUUUACGAUUUUCUUGUGUUAAAAACAUUUAUGAAAGGUUUGUAAAAAUAAAUAAUAUAGAUAAUAUCAUUAAUUCAUUUAAAGAUUUUGAUUCAACAACAUUCACCGUGAAAAAUAUUUUUCGAAAAAUUGAAAAAGAUUGGAAAAUGACAUAUUUAGCUCGUAAUGAAAAUUGUGCUUCUGGAGAAAUUAUAUGGAAAUUUGAUUUUCAAUCAGCUAACUUAAGAAUUAAAGAGUAUCAAUUAAAAUUUGAUACCAAAACUUUUGAAAGCGGAAAUGUUAUAUUGCUUGUUACAGAUUUAUCGGGGUCUCAAAAAAUUGAAGAAGCGAAUGGCUUAAUAAUAAAAGCUUCGCUACAAGGUGGAAAUGGAGACACAGCAUGGCAGCAUGCACAACUUUUUCGUCAAAGUUUAAAUUCCAAUGAAUAUCCAUUUGUUUUAAAUAUUUCAUUCUAUUAAAUAAAUUCAUAUAUUGAUAGUAUUGUUCACUAUUCCAAUAAGCAAAAUUUUUUUGAGUAUUUUAUAUAAUAAAUGUUAUUUUGUCUCUUUGUUUUUAUUAUUUUUAAAUAUUCGUAAAAUAAAUUCGGA